CGUACACGAAAAAAAGACAAACUUUGUUAUUACAUGUGGCCAAGUUUACUGAAUUUUUUUAUGUCGUUAGCAAAAUGUCUUGCCGGCAAAGCAACAAAUUUGAUAGACUCGGCGCAUUUUUCUCGUCGGCCGUACGAGUAACAAUCUAAUCUUGUUAUUUUAGCAAAUAUUUUUUUCCGUGUAUAAAUUUUUAAAAUUACUCCAGCAGAUUUAUAUUUGUCCAGUCGAUAAUUUGACUUAAAAAAAAACGCCGUUAUAGAAACAUUAAGCAAUUAGCGAAUCCUUUCCGAGUCUCGAACGAUCUCUUGAUAUCUCGAGAGUCUCACUCGGCACAUGUCUGACUUCAUCGCUUCGCGUACGAGUUGUGCGACUGUUUCUUCAUUUUGCUCCGCUAUAUUAUGUAAACGUAUCACGAAGCACCUCGGACGGAACUUCGUUUGGUAACCGGGUGAUUAAUGAAAUAGAAAGGUGAUAGAAGACUCUCUUCUAUUGAUCUUUCGAAGCACGUGCGUAUGCGGCGCUCGAUACGCGCUUGGUUCUUCUCUCGAAAACGUAACUUACACAUACGUGCGCUUGUGCCAAAAUCACAUACAGACACACAUACACACACACAUACACACGAAAUACAUUUGCAGUUUACGCUGCGCGAAACUGCGCGUCUUUGUUCAUUUUAUUCAUUUUUGACACCGGACACGCGCAGACAUAUCGACCGUUACUUUCGCAGCCCGAAACUUUCCCGAGCACUCUCAUUAUUUCUCUUGUAAUUACGGGCGAUUCUCCCGGUGUCUCCGCAGGUGUACAAAAGCCUGGACAUCAUUACCGCGAAGGUGACCCCGGCGGAAAGACAAAUGGCGCCGCAUCACAUGCUGGACAUCGUGGAUCCGCUGACGAACUUCACCGUGACUGACUUCAGAAACAAGGCCCUGCCGAUUAUAGACAACCUGCUGGCCAGGAGCAAACUGCCCAUUGUCGUCGGCGGUACAAACUAUUACAUAGAGUCUUUGCUAUGGGAGAUUCUCAUAACCGAGCCGAAGGAUCGAUCGGCGCGAGCCGAAUCGGCUCCGGGCGCGUCGGUCGCGAACAGAUCGGACGAUCGAUGUAAAGACGAACAGAACGAUGACGAUGACGAGGACGACAACGACGAGGCGGCGCCGUCGAAGAGGUUGAAAUUCGACGCGAGAUUGUGCGGCGACACCAACGAAGAACUCCAUCGGAAAUUGAUGGAAGUCGAUCCGGAGAUGGCACACAAGUUGCAUCCCAACAACAGGCGAAAAGUCACAAG